AACAAGAUCACACAUGACUAUAUUUAGGCUUACACAUUGAGAGAAUUUGAUGAGUCAAAGUGCUUAGAUGAACAGUUCCAAAAAUCAAAAGUGGACGAAUAUAGCGGGACAGAGGAGUAAUAAUUGUGAAUGGUACGAAAGUUUAGAGAUGCAUUGUUAACCGACGACAGAGGACCCAAACCCCAACCCAAACACAGUUCAGCCUUCCCAUUUCAAUCACACGCUUUAGCUAAACUGUUGCCGCCCUGUUCAUGGCCACCCCAUCACUUCCCGUCUCCCUCCCCACUCUCUCCGUACUGAAACUUUAAAUCACUGUUCCCAACCGCCGUUUUCCCGUCGGAGGAAGUAAAAAUGCCUCUGAAUCUGCCAUUCCCGGGGAACAAACAGUCAACCGAGCAGAGACCGCCGCGACCCCUUCAGCUCAAACAAGCUUUACAAUCAGUCAAAUCUCAGAUUCCUUUGAACCAGUGCGUCUUCCUCUUCGCCACCAUCCUUCUCCAAAUCUGGAUUCUCUUCUCCCUCAUCCACCCCUCCCCGUCUAACCCUUCCUCCGCCCACCGCCAUAUCUCGGCCAACCGCCAGGAUUGCAGCUCCGGUAAGGUCUACGUCUAUGAGAUUCCACGGAAGUUCAACUACGAGCUCGUGGAGAAUUGCAAAGACCUAGAUCCGUGGAAGGGAACCGGGUGCAAGGUGGUCGCCAAUGGCGGAUUCGGCCCGCCGGCGACCGGGCUCUGGAAUCUUGUUCCCGAGAAUCUCGUCCCGGCUUGGUAUUGGACGGAUUUGUACUCUGCGGAGCUUAUUUACCACGAACGGAUGUUGAAUCACAAGUGCAGAACGAUGGAUCCGAAGGAGGCCACCGGAUUCUACUUACCCUUUUACGCCGGCAUCGCCGUCGGCAGGUAUUUGUUCACUGAGUUCAAUUACACUUACCAAGAUCGAGAUCGGUACUGCGAGAUGUUCCUCGAUUGGUUGGAAGAGCAACCGAGUUAUGCCGAGUACAGAGGAGCUGACCAUUUCAUCGUUCUCGGAAGGUUGACUUGGGACUUCCGGCGACUGACCGACAACAGUAGCGAUUGGGGCAGCAGUUUCCUGUACAUGCCUCGGAUGAAGAACGUUUUCCGGUUGGGGCCGGAGAAGCACGUCAAGGAUCGGAUCGAAGAGAGCGUGCCGUACCCCACCGGAUUCCACCCCCGGUCGGAGUCCGACAUCCGGGAGUGGCAGAGACACGUCAGAUCCCAGAAACGCGACAGCCUCUUCACCUUCGUCGGCGGCAAGCGGCAGAUCUUCAAGCGCGACUUCCGGCGCCUGCUAAUGGACUACUGCUCCCGCGACGAGGCUUGCCGCGCGGUGGACUGCUCCGCCGCGUCCUGCUCCGAAGGGUCGCCGGCGGUGUUCGACGCGUUCCUCCACUCGGAUUUCUGCCUGCAGCCGAGGGGGGACGGGAUGGCGCGGCGGUCGAUGUUCGACUGCAUGAUCUCCGGCGCGAUCCCGGUGUACUUCUGGAAAGGGUCGUUCAAGGACCAGUACGUCUGGCACCUGCCGUGGAUAUCGGAGACGUUCUCCGUCUACAUCGACCACGACGACGUGAGGAAGAGCAACGGGACGGUGAUCCGGGAGGUUCUGGAAGGAGUGCACAGAGACAACGUGAGACAGAUGAGAGAAACUAUAAUAGAAUUGAUUCCGAGGCUAGUGUACGGCGGCCGGAAAGAAGGGCUGGGAACCGUCGGAGACGCGUUUGACGUCACGCUCGACCGGGUUUUGAAGAGACUCAAGGCUCGCAAAUCGCACCUCUUGUCUCGAGCGGCCGACGAUUACGAGAUCUUCUAACUUUCUUUUCUUUUUUAAUUUGUGCUUAAUAUUUUGCCAAGUACGGACGAAGACGGAUUAGUUUCUUUUGUUUUUAAUUUCAAAUACGAAGCAGCAUCAAUUAUUUCUCCAAAAUUCUCUUUUUUAAGUACUCACUUACUACUUCUAUCCGUAGGUGUGUGUUUAGGCGUGUGUUUCAAAGGUGUGUCUGCGUUCUUGAGUUCGUAAGAACUUCCCUUCGUAGGGAUUUUUUCUUCCUCAUCGAAAAGCUUGCCGACGAGAUUUUCUUCUACUUCUGCCAUGUCGACGGUCGAGGAGGAUAGUCCGGCGGUCGAUGUCGGUGAUCCGGCGGAAGACAGGCUUGAACCGGCGGAGGACGGUGAUGGACCGUCGUAUGUCUAGAUUAGGGUUUUUCCCUAGGAAUCUACUAAACCGAAUCAAUUUCCUUCUUCGAU